GCUUUGCUACAUUCUACAAUGGCAGACUACAAGCCCUACCUCACCGAAGCCCUUUCCAUUGCCCGCACAGCCGGAGCCAUCAUCAAAAAUGCCUUUACAAACCGCACUACGCUUUCCAUAGACCUUAAAAACGCGAACGACGCCGACCUCGUUACCCAAGUCGAUCGUCAAGUUGAACAAGUCAUCUUUUCGCAUCUCCGCUCCGUGUACCCUUCCCACAAGUUUGUUGGUGAGGAAUCUGUCUCAGAGUCUGAGAGCAAGCGGACGGGGUUGGACGAUACGCCGUCUUGGGUUGUGGAUCCCAUCGACGGUACAACCAAUUUUGUCCAUGGAUUCCCUUUUGUGGCCGUUGCAAUUGCGUUGGUAAUAAAGGGACGGCCUGUUGUUGGGGUGGUGUAUAACCCGAUUAUGGAGGAGCUCUUUUAUGCGACACAUGGCGGUGGAGCGUUCUUGAACGAGACACCGUUGCCCUUGCCGCCUCUCAAGCCUCUACCUUCCCUCUCGACCGCGCUUGUUGCUAGCGAAUAUGGGUCGGACCGCGCACCAGAGAUUCUGGAUCCGAAAGUAAGAACUCUACACAAAGUCGUUGCAUCACCGGCCCGAGGAGUGCGUACUAUUGGGUCUGCAGCUUUGACAAUGUGUUAUGUCGCCAGGGGUACACUGGACGCGUAUUGGGAGGCUGGUGUUCAUGCAUGGGACGUGGCGGCUGCUACCGUAAUUUUACGCGAAGCCGGCGGGAUAGUCGUCAACUGGGAGAAAGGAUCGCGAGAAGAGAAUGGAGCAGAGGUAUACGACUUGUGCAGUCGGAAUGUAUUAUGUGUAAGAAAAACGACGGGUGCAGGUGAAGGUGAAGUGAUUGUAGAAAAGAUUAGAGCUGCGAUAGAGCCCGUAGAGUACGCCAGGGAUUAAGCUAUGUGAAAAUAAAAUUCGGAUAAGCUUUUAAUGAUUCAAGG